AUGUCAAUAAGAGAAAAUUUAGAAGCUGUUAUUAAAGGUAUUCAAGAUUCAAAAAUUUUAGAAGUUUUUGAUAAAUACUAUCAUGAUGACAUUGUUAUGUAUGAAAAAGGUGAUUCCACCAAUCGUGUAGGUAAAUCGGCCAAUCGUAAAGCAGAAGAAGGAUUUGUAGCCAAUGCUGUUAUAUCAGAAGCCAAAGUAUUAAAGAUAUUAGUCGAUGGAAAUAACACAGCUUAUGAAAUGCUUAUGAAGUUUACCUAUGCUGGCCAUCCAGUCGAAAAAGUACAAUGGUGUUUACAAGAAUGGAAAGAUGGUAAAAUCAUUAAAGAAGAAUUCUAUUAA